AUGGUCGUCCAACUCUCCUAUCGCAAGUCCCUUCGCUGGGUGCCUGGCGAACCCUCAGAACCAACAUCCACCCUCGUUCUCGAUGUCGGCGACUUUUUCGUCGACCUCCGUAUACUCAAGGCUACUGGAGACAUCGACUGGGCAAUGGCCGGUAAACGCACGAUCCUGUCUUCAUCACCACGUAAGUGCCCACCCCACAGACCCCGACCUCUACGACCGCAGAGAAUAAUCAAAAGUGCUAAUUUCGUACCAGUAAAAUGCCAAUGGACCAAAGAAAUCUGCUCCCAAAACACCGAGGCCCACGAUGACAUUGGCGAAUUCGAAGAUUUGCCCAAUGGCGAUGCGCUAGAGAAGGGUAGCAUGCCAAAUCCAGACAACAAUGAUGAGAUUCAAGCAUACGAGGAAGUUUGGGGUAAUCUGGAUAUUGGCUCUUCAGAUGAACCGGCUUGGAUAUUGAGAAGCAAGGACGGCAAGGGGGUUACAUUCGUAGCUAAAGUUGGAGACUGGUUUCAGGUGUUGAGUAAGAAGCAAGAUGGUCAGUUUUCGGUGUUGAGGGAGGAAAAGGUAAAGGGAGAGUGGGUACAGAGGUAUGCUGUUGGUGAAAAGUUGCCUUCGAUCAGGGAGUUGGGAGAAGAGGUGUUUAGUCCAAAGGGUUGGAGACAGGAUACUGAUGUCAAAGUCGAUGGUGUGACAUAUGCAGUCUAUGCUCUCGAAAAAGCCUAA